GGCAGGAAGGGGCGGGCGCGGCGCCGGGAGCCCGACAUGGUGGGCGCCGGGGCGCGCGGGGCGCCGCUGCUGCCGCCCUUGCUGCUGCUGCUGCCGCUGCUGCGGGGCGCGGCGGGCGGCCUCGCCGACAGCGUCAUCUGGGCCGUCAAUGCGGGCGGCGAUGCCCAUGUGGACGUGAACGGCAUCCACUUCCGCAAGGACCCGCUCGAGGGCCGCGUGGGCCGAGCUUCUGACUAUGGCAUGAAGCUGCCAAUCUUGCGGUCCAAUGCGGAAGAUCAGAUUCUGUACCAGACUGAGCGUUACAAUGAGGAAACCUUUGGCUAUGAAGUUCCCAUCAAAGAGGAGGGUGACUAUGUGCUGGUGUUGAAGUUUGCAGAGGUUUAUUUUGCACAGUCUCAACAGAAGGUAUUUGAUGUUCGCUUAAACGGCCACGUGGUGGUGAAGGACUUGGACAUCUUUGACAGAGUUGGACACAGCACAGCUCACGAUGAGAUCAUUCCCAUGAGUAUCAAAAAGGGGAAACUGAGUGUCCAGGGAGAGGUUUCCACGUUUACAGGGAAGCUCCACAUUGAGUUUGUAAAGGGCUACUAUGACAAUCCGAAAAUCUGUGCCCUAUACAUCCUGCAAGGAACAGUGGAAGAUGUUCCAAAGCUGCAGCCGCACCCAGGUCUGGAGAAAAAAGAGGAAGAUGAUGAUGAAGAUGAUUAUGAUGAUGGCUCUAGUGUUAAAAAACAGGCAAAUAAGAACCGGGUUCAGUCAGGCCCACGCACACCAAACCCCUAUGCCUCGGACAACAGCAGCCUCAUGUUUCCUAUAUUGGUGGCCUUUGGUGUCUUCAUUCCUACCCUCUUCUGCCUCUGCCGAUUGUGAGAGCAAGCCCCACAGAGCAUCAGCCAAGGGGCUGGGAGGGAAGGAGUUGGACCAAACACGGUUGCUUUCAAUUUCUCCAUAUUGUUCAUAAUUUAAGGAAAGAAGAAGGAAAAAAAAAAAAAAGGUUCAUUUGGAAUGAAUAGCAGGUCCAGGUAAGAGGGAGCUUACCUUCCCCCUGCCAGCACACAGCGAGGCCCUCGCCUUCCCCUUCGCACCAUGUGCAGCCUCUGAUCUUCCCUGGGGCAUCCAAGAGUAAACUGAGUCCUGGCUGUCUGUGUAUUGGGCUGUUGAAAGCUGAUGCUACCAGUCCUGGGCCAAGUCCCACACCGAGAGAAAGCCAUGUGCUGCAAGAUCUCUGCCUUUGUGGGGUGGAAUACGGUUCCUUAAGCAGGGAAGCAGCUCUUAAAACCAGACCUGGGUACACGUUUUGUCUGGGAGUGUGGAAGCGUUAGGGUGUUGUUGGGUGACUAAUGGCUAUGGAGGACGGAACCUGGCUCAGCAUCUCCCUGAACAUGUGCAACCCAAUGUAUGGUACUUGCCUGCAAAAAGAUACCAAGACUCCAGCUCAGCCUCUGUGGAGACAUUCCCCUCCUAAGACUGCAAGCUGCGCCAGGAGCAGAGGGAUUUAUCUGGCCUGAUUUGCUGUACCAGUUGGGAGAGACUGUCCUAGUUUGGCAACUGUAAUGUUAGAUCCGUCACAGAGGGAUUCUGCUGUAGCCCGCGAAAGGAUGACGUUGUUAGCGUCUGAUCAGAUGCACUUGUUUUCUGUAUUGAUUAUGGCUUUUGUUUCCUUUAAUAUCCUUUUCUUCUCAAAGGUUUCAUUUUAAGCCCAGUUCCUUGUUUUGCCCUUUCUAGCAAGUGACCUGUCCUUUGGAAGAAGCUGAGAAUCAGGUGACCUACAGAGGGGGUUCUGGACUUGUUCCUUGACCUUCCUGAUGGUUAGCUCCCUGCCCCGUGACUGUGAUUGCGAACAGCUGGUGCUGUAGGACAGAGAGGAACAACCUUAUGGAUGCUCCCCGUGAGCUCUCAUUCCCUGUUGUAAGGACCAGGCCUACCUGCAGAGAUGAGAAGCACAGUGAGUUGGUUAGUGUUCAUUUAGCUUGGCCUUUUGCAUAUAAAGGCAUUGUAGCGAAGGGACAGAUGUCCAGCAUUUCAGUACUGUAGAGCCGAGGUGGUUUGUUGCCUUUCAGAGAGAUGGAAGUGAACAGAACACUGGAGACAAGGUCACCCUCUUCCCCCAGGGAUGUUUCUGCAAGAGGCUUCUGUUUCCACAUGCAGAGCCUGCGCCUGCGUGACAAAGGCCAAGCAGAGUGAAAGCCCUUGCUGCGCCUGCUGAUCCAGAGCUGCAGGCCCUGAGGAGCUGCCUUCCCGCGGUCUGUGCCUCUGACCUGCUGAGCAUUUCUGGCUGGUGAGGGGGAGAUGUUCUGUGUGCUGGAGCAGGAUCUGUCCCAGGCAGGACUGCAUCCUUGUGGGUCAGUUGUGAUGCUGGUGUGCUCUGUGCUCACAGAACACUUUACCUCAUGCUAUCUCUGUUGUUCGCAGAAGCGUUCUCCCUUUAUCGAGAGCAGGGGCACUGAGCCACCUUGCUGCUGCUCCUCCUUGGGCCUGAGUUUUCCUAGUGGUUAUUCUUGGGUUUGAUCCCCUACAGUGACUCAGUCUUUGUUUGAGCUGAGAAGGGUCAGCAGAAUUCCCUAGUUUCUGGAAAGGAAACGAGAAGAGCAGCCUCUCUGCUGUGCUGGGCCCGAGCAGCUGAAGGCUCUGCUUCCUCCUAACCUGCAAGCUGUGAUAUGAGCUGUCAGCUCACGGGCUCCAGAACAGGAUCUGGGGGAGGCGUCAAAGCACUGCUUUCUGCAGCAGCAACACUGUACCUUGCCUGAUCACAUACAUUACUGCUAUAGGCUUGACCCUAAAUCUAUGUCUGUGAGCUAAAAAGCAAGCAGUAGGACCUUAAUUACCUUCUGUCCAGUUGCACAAGUGGUUACAGCCAGUUUGGGAGAAGCCAGAGAGUCCCUGCUACAGCUGAAGGAGAAGACAGGCUUUAGAGAGCAGAUCUUAAGAACGAACCUGAGGAUGAAAAGGCAGUAAGCUUGAAGUUGUCUGCUUUGUCUUCUACCUGCUGUUAAAAUCCUAGUAUUUAUAAAAUUCUUAUAAUAUAUGAGCACUGUUUCAUUUGGUGACAGUGCCUGCAGAUUCUCCAGCAUUUUUGGGAUUGCUCGAACUGGAGCACAGAGACAUUUAGAUCUUUAUCAGUUUUGAGAAGCAUAAACUGCGCUGAUUUGUUAAGCAAAGAACCUGGGCUUGAAAGCAAGCUUCUCUGUAAGGAGCUGUUCUCCUCCAGGCCCUUUAGGUUGUAUUUUAUUUGAGCAUCCUUGAAGCAAGAAAUCACUCAGCUUCUAGUGGCUUACCCAGUGAUCACCUUGCCUAGCAUGAGAAAAGGGGCAUGCAUUUAGGUGUGCAAAAGUUGGAGACAAGUCUUCUAGGAUAGUUUAUUCCUGCCUCUCCUGUCAGCCAGGACACCCAUUUGGUGCCAUCAGCCGCCCAAAGGCAAAGCUGCACAGUGUGAUCUGUUGUGUACCUGUUGCUCCAUUCAAAUGAAUUUGUCUUAUUUGAAUAAGAAUAGGGAGAAGGAACAGUUCAUUCUUCAUGGCUUCAAUUUAGUUGGUUUGGCUGGUUUUUUGCAUCUUUGUUACUAAAAAGCUUGUGUCUGGGUUGUUGGGAGGUUCCUGACCCUGUUAUGGUGCUAUGAGCAGUUUUCUUUGUUGGUCCAUCCCCGCUGGACAGGUUUGCCUCAGAAGGAGCCUUCGUACAAAGGAUGUGGGAAGAUGGGAGGAUGGUAGGAGAUAACAAGUCGGCACCUCACUGGGAAUGACGCAGUCAGGCUGGUUCCAUCUCUGCAAGGGGAGACAGAUGAUUAUGCUGAGGAACCUGGUCCUGACCAGGGAAAGAAAAAGUUUGGGUUAGCUGUAGCUUUCCAGUACGGGUGUUUGAGGGACUAUCCAAGGCAUUAUUUAACUGAGACUGGUCAGAGAUGAGCCUGUUUGUGCUUUGUUGCCUCCUGCCAGCAGCAGGCAGGUGAAGUGUGUGUCCCUGUGCAGCAGUGUGGGGGAGCUGGGUCAGAACAGACCCUGGCUUCAUUUGUGGAGCAGUUACGCAGAAAGGGGUGUAUAAGGCAAUUUCAAUAAAGCUUCCACUUCAUAAAGGGAAGAUGACACCAUCAGUCAUGUUUUGGGCCUGAAUCCAGCCUCAUUAUAGUGGUUCCAAAGCCUGUUUUAAUUACCCCCCUAUCAGCCCCUCCUUUUGUACUUUUAAGCCAGGCCAUUUUCCCCUUGUGUGUGUGUGUGACUAAAACAACAGCUCUGACCUUUCUGAGUAUCCCAGGUGGCAGAGAACAGAAAGCCAAAUGAAUUCCCUUCUCUUUUUGGUGCCUUUGUCUCAGGCUUUGAAUAAAAGUCUAUUUGAAGAAGCAUCUAUUUUUUUUUUUUUUUUUUUAAGGAGCUUCUGUGUAGUUUUUUUCUUUGUCCCCAAGGGGCAGGCAUUCCCUGCCCUUGUGAUCAGCUGGGGACUAUCUGAGUCUCCCUGGAUGCCAGCUCUGGAGGUCACAGCUGAAGCAGAGAACUGUGAGCGAGUAUCUUUGGUUCCAGCCCUUGAGGUCAAUGGAUAAAAAGCCUAGCGGGGGAUAGAACAACUGGAAGAGGUCCUUCAGGUCUGGUCUCCCCCAGAAAUCUCCCAAAGGCAGGAUGGAGAGCUUCCAGACAGUCUGGUGCCUGCGUGUCUGUGCAGUUCAGAGCUGGGUGAGUCAUGGCUAGGUCCUCGUAGCUGUAUGGUGCUUACAGCUUCUGGGUGCAGUGUGGCCUGGGGGGUCCUGACCCCUAAACUCACUUGCUGAGGGCUUGCCCUGCACUGUUUGAGUCAGAACAGGGAGCAGAGACCCGUGCUUUGUCCCUUGGCCUUCCUUUAAGAUGACAUGGGAUUGCAACAGCCAGUGAAAUGUCUCGAUAUGGGAAGUUUGGGCUGAACAGGCCUGUCUGAUGGAAAACAGCAGGAGGAGGGAGAGGACCAGCAGAGCAGCCUCAGCCCUUGAUGUGAGACAGAUUCCAAGCUGCUGCUAAGUACCAAGUGUUUCAGGCUCUGUUUGGUGCUCAGAUGUGGGAGAGAUCCGUCUGCUUCUUGCACUUAUGUGACGGGGAGGGAAAUAUCCUUACUGACAAUCCAAGGGAAACAGGAACUGGGCCAGCACUGAGCUAAUUUACCUACUGGCGCUUCUGGAUCGCCACAACAAAUGCCAAAGUCUAAUAUAAUUUGAGGAUGCUUUUCUUAAUGUUCUGCCUGGUUCCACCAGUCUGUCUUCACUGGCUAGUCCCAAAUAGGCUCAGACAAGUAUUCUCAAUGGCACAAACACAACAGUAGGCUGGAGCUGUGAAGGCUCAGAUAUGUGACUACACAAACAGGCCUCCUGUGCUGCACCCCUGCUUCACACGCUGCCCAGCAGGUCUGGGGCACGUGUGUUUCACCUUGGAUCCAAACGGACUUGUCCCAGGAGUACAGUAGCAACUGCAUUGAAAUGGUGCUGGGCUGGACAGGAGCGGUGAAAGCAGGUCCAUGUCUUCCGGGACUCUGGCUUGCUCAGAGUUUAUUGCUGUAUAUUAAAUACUAUUUUUGGAGAUUGGGGGAGGGGGAGGGGUAUGGUGAUGCUGUCCCUAGUCUGGUGGGAUGCUACUGCAGGUUGCUGAUAGGUUUUGAUUUUUUUUCCCCAAGAAGUGCUUUAUUUAAAAGAAAAAAAAGGGGAAAAAAUAUUCAACAAAACAGAAGUGCUUUCCUCCCUCCUAGAAACAGUGCUGGCUAGUUAGAAAAUGUGAAUAAUCUUUUGCAAACAUCAAAGGUCUCUGCUAAAGAGUUUGUGUGAUGGAGAUUUCAAGGCAAGGGGCAAAGUACAGCUUAAACCAGUUUAACUGGGGAGAGUGUGAAUCUAGGAAGCGCAGGAUCUCUGCCCUCGAGUUGCCCCUAGUCACGCUAGUGGGGAUGUGCUUGCCUGUGCUGUCACGGCUGUUCUGUCACACUACAACAGUUCCUGAGCUAGGGCACUGGAGUGAAGCAGUGUCUGGAAACUUGCUGGCAAGUGGAGGCUUGAAUUUUUCAUGGUUUCUAUGGGGGCUUUGUGUGUUCAGGGCUUUCCCACUCAAGAAGCAGCCAGGCUGGUAAAGCAGCUCUGGAGACUGUGAGAGCAGAGGCAGGAUUUGUGCUUUAUGCCAGGAGGCAGUAGCUGGGACUGCAGGAUGGUGGGCAGGUGACAGUAAUCUUUGGGUCCCAUCGUCGUAGCAGCUUCUAGCGUUGGCAGAUGGUCCCACUGUUCCAUAGUGCCCAGCUGUGUGGGCUGGGAUGCAUGGAAGUGACCCAUGCCGUCAGCAUUAAGGACACGUCACAAACUACUUGAAGCUGCAGGUCUAAGUUGUUCGUAAAGUCUAAAGCAGUGUGGGGAGAGAUCUCCAUCUGUCCUUGUCACCAGUACAAAGGGUUUUUAAGGAGGAUUUUUAUUUUGCUGUCCAUUGCUUUGUGUUAUAACAACUUGCAGUGACAUAUUUUUUUUUUUUAGUUUGUUUUGCAGCAAGCUUGGGCCCUGGGUGAAAAGCACAGAUGUCUAUUUCUGAUUGCAUUGGCUUUGCAGGGACUAGUUUGGGGGAAGAGAUGGGUGUGGGGGUGGGUUAUUUUAUUUUUGGUACAUGGUAGCGGUUUUAUUUUUUAAUUUCCCCAGGAUGUUUGGUUGAGGGAAUGUUCUGAAAUCUACUGUCUGGCAGUUUAACCAGCAGUGUGUUAAAGGAAAAUAAACAAAAUUAUAUUGUCA